AGUUAUGAAGGCUGGAAAGAAACGGAUUGGAGCACUGUGUGGGGUCUGGGUGUGACAGCUCAGGUGUCCUUGGAAACACAUAUUGACUGAUUGGAACACACUUAAAAGACAGGUUUAUGAUGUCAUCAGUCCUGGCCGUUGUCUCUCUCCUCCUCUUGCAGACAGGGGUCCAUGGGUUCCUGGUGCUCUUCUCAGGCAGCUCCAUGGACCACCUGGAGAUCACCAGGGAAGCCAUCUUACAGACCACGGCGAAGGUGUGCAUGCAACUGGCCUCGGUUGAGGGAAGAGACUUCACUCUGCCGCCCGGACCACUGACUGCAGAGUCUCUGGCUCUAGCCUGCUCCUCAUCGGGGUCUGCUAAGAGUUUCCAGAGUGCCAUAUCAGACGUCACCUGGAGAAAUGCCGGAGUUGACUUCCGUCACCUGUUCAAUGAAGAAUACCACUUUGAUGGGGAGAGAUUUAUCGAGGGGCGGAAACUCAUCAAAGAUGGAAUGACCUCUGUCAAAGCCAGCAUCAAGCAAGGGAACUUUGAGGCAGCAAGACAGAAGCUGGGAGACAUUUUACACACCUUACAGGACUUCUACAGUCACAGUAACUGGAUAGAACUGGGUAACAGAUUUCCCCAUUCCAAUCUCAUCAGAUCAGACGUGUCCGACAUCGGCCCUGUUGCAGAUAAGGACACGCCCACAUGUCGGAGCUGUGUCGGAAAAGACUGCCAGAACAACAUCCUAGAAGACAUCAUCAGAGACAAGAAGCUGACCUCGGGAUAUUUUGGCCUUGUACCUUUAUUUUCCACCAAACCAAAAGGGAAGUGCAGCCAUGGGGGAUCAUUGGACCAGACAAGCGGGAAGGAGCCAACAGGUGGGAUCAACAAGGACUCGCUUGAGUCCAGCCACGGCAACUGGCACACUGCAGCUGCAGAGGUGGCCGUGGCUGCAACCAGUCAGCUGCUGGAGGACAUCAGAGGGGCUGCCGGGGACACUGACUUCCUACGCAUGAUGGGUAUCUCUAAGAAUGGAUCUAGAGUUCUGUGUUUUGUAAUCGACACCACCGGCAGCAUGUCGGACGACAUUGCAGCAGUAAGGGAGACGACAUCGUUCAUCAUUGACAGCAAGAGAGGAACGCCAGACGAGCCCUCAGUCUACAUCUUGGUCCCCUUCAAUGACCCAGACUUUGGGCCCCUGAUGCGGACCACAGACCCAAACGUCUUUAAGGCCCAGAUCAAUGCACUGAAUGCUGAUGGAGGAGGGGAUUUCCCGGAGAUGAGUCUAUCAGGACUCCAGUUGGCUUUAACUGGUGCACCCCCCUCUUCAGACAUCUUCCUUUUCACUGAUGCCCCUGCAAAAGACUUGAAUCUAAUGGGCACGGUGAUCGCUCUAAUAGAACGCACUAAGUCAGUGGUGACCUUCUUCCUAACUGGCUCUUUGGGGCUCCGUCGUAGGAGGGGUAGUGACCAGGGCCAAGGACAGGUCCAGCACAGUCGGAUGGCAGUGUCAGACUCCCAGCUCUACAGGGAGCUGGCCCAGUCCUCAGGUGGCCAAGCCAUACAGGUCACCAAGACAGAACUGCCCAAGGCCACCAGCAUCAUUGUGGAAUCCUCCAGCUCUUCAUUGGUCACCAUUCUACAGGCUGUGCGGAGUCUAGGAGGGGCUGAUAAUUUCUCCUUCACUGUAGAUGAGUCUGUGAGAAACCUGACUGCUUAUGUCACAGGAAGCUCCCUCUCCUUCACACUCACCAGCUCCUCAGGUAUUCCAGAGAUAUUCAUUUAUCCUUUUUUUAUUUAACCAGGGGAGUCUCAUUGACAUUAAAAUCUCUCAUCACAAAGUCUUCUGAUCUCAAUAGGACUUCCUGGAUAUUUUAUAUAAACCAGGUCUCUCCAACCCUGUUCCUGGAGAGAGACCCUCCUGUAGGUUUAAACUCCAACCCUGUUCCUGGAG